AUGGCUGACGGACCCUUUCAGCGCAAACCCUGGGGUCCCGAGCAGGUCCACCCAGACGACGACCCUGACUCCGAAGGCCUGUUUGACAAGCCGCCCCCAGAGGAGCUGCCAGCAGCCGGCGCGCCCAAGCCCGCGUCGACCACGGGCAAGAAGGCUGGUCGGCGUGCGGGCGGGAAGACGCAAGGGUCCCGGGCUGGGCAGUCGCCGAAAACUGCCGGCGUCCUGCCGCCCAAGGAGGAGGCGCCUCCCCAGGACGAGGGCUGCUAUCUCGACCACUUCCCGCACCUCUCCAUCUUCAUCUACGCGGCCAUCGCCUUUUCCAUCACCUCCUGCAUCUUUACAUAUAUCCAUUUACAGCUUGCCUAA